AUGGGAAGCUUUGUCUUCAAGUGGGAGCACCCGGCCUCCGAGGUCUACGUAACUGGCACCUUCGACGGCUGGAAAAAGACGGAAAAGCUGGAAAAGGUCGACCAACACUUUGAGAAGCUGGUCCAGCUCGAGGACGCCUCCAAGAAGAUCUACUAUAAGUUCGUCGUCGACGGAAAUUGGGUCACCGACCACACUGCUCCUAAAGAAACCGACGAGAGCGGCAACGAAAACAACGUCCUCACCCCCGAGCGCAUAGUCAAGGAAGCGCCCGCCACGUCCGCCAUCAUGAACUCCGUCGGCCCCGAUUCCACCACCGUCGCCCUGGCUGCUGGUGCACCCUUAGAAAAGGAGAAGAAGCCCGAGGGGCUUCCGGGCACUUUCCCCGAGACCCCCGCCGCCGACUUGAACAAGGAGUUCAGCAUCAACCCGCUGCCCGCCGCCCCUGGCGCCGUCAACCCCGUCCAGCUUGCGCCUGGCGAGAAGAUCCCCGACACCCUCGCUGCUGAAAGCACUACCAGCAAUGUCAAGCUGGACCCUGAGUCGUACGAGAAGAGCGACACUCUGCCUGGUGGGGUUGCUACCUUCUCAUCCGUCGCCCCUGAUGCAACCACUGUUGGCCUGGCUGCUGGAGCACCCAUUGAGACCAAGGUUCCCGAGGUUGUGAAAGAGAGCCAAGAAAAGGCUCACGUUGACCCCGAGGCCAGCGCAGUUCCUGAGGAAGUGAAGGACAAGGCCGCAGUCGAGAGCGAGCUUCUCGACCGGGUUAAGGAAGCCCCCUCGACUGCUGAGGGCACCGCCGGCAAGGGUACCGAGAAGACUGAGGGCACCGUCACCGCAGGUGAAGCUGCUGCAUCUGUCGCCGCCGCUGCUACCGCCCUCGGUGGUGCUGCUGUGGUUGGUGCUGUUGCCGCAAAGGACACUGUCGCUGAGCAGGCAACUGCUGCCGCUUCUGCUGCCCAGGCCAGCGCCACUCAGGCUGCGACCAACCUCCCUGAUUCCGUCAAGGAGAAGCUUCCCGAGUCGGUUCAGAGUGCCAUCGGCACUACCGCCAAGGAGACCAAGAUCGAGGAGACCGCACCCGCCGUCCCCACCGAGGUCAAGGAAUCCAUUGCCGAGUCCGGACAGAGCCCGGAAGCUGCUGCCAGCACGGCCGCUGUCGAAGACAAGAAGGUAAUGGAGAACGAGUUGUUAAAGGAGGUCAAGCCCGUUGCCGCUGUUGGUGAGGAAGCCAAGCCAGAGUCCAAGGUUGAGGCCGUCAAGGCUGACGCCUCCGCUGCUGUCGACAAAGCUGUCGGGAAUGUUGAGAAGACCGUGGGCGCGCCAACGACCGAGACUGAGCCUACUCCUGCCGCCGCCAACGGCGCUCAGACGACAGUUGCUGAACCCGUUACACCCGCAAAGGACGCAGCUAGCCCUAGCAAGCCGACGGAGAGCCCGGCCACGGGAGAGAAGAAGAAGAAGAACAGGCUCAGCGCUUUCUUUGGCAAGCUGAAGGGCAAGAAGUCAAAGGAGUAA